CUUUAGGCGGGCGGGGCGUGGUGUCGUCACGCGCGCGCGACGCCAAGCGAGCCCUAGCAACAAAGGCUUCAGCCUCCUCGUUCUCCGUAGUAGUGGCAACGUUCGUGACGUGCGGCGCUGCCAUGUUUGUAGUGGCUUUGCGCUUGCUAAGCGGGUGAGGGGAAGCCGUAGCGGGGGGAACUGCUUCGCUCUUCUCUGUCGGCUCCUCUACCCGCUUUAAAGCAGGAGGUUGACAGGAGGAAGAAGGAGGAGGCGCGAGAGCGAGCAGGGAGCGGCUGCAGGCGAGUCCCAGGGAUGCGCUGGGUGGGCAAAGGAAGGGCCUGGACCUGGGCGCGUCCCCGCCGCCCUCCGCGGGUGACGACGGGUCCGUUACUCUCGGGGAGGGGGCUUAGCGUUGCUUCUCUUGGGCUUAACCGGGAGUGGGGCGAGUGCGUCCGUGUUUCUCUUCUUAGGGAACGCUCCGGCUUUGCUAAGUAAAAAACCGAGCUGCAUCGUUGACAGUAAGGAAGCCUGUGUGGAGGGGGCCAUCAUUAUAUUAUUGCUACGUUUUUAUUGCUAAAAUGUUUGAUUUACUAAAAAAUAAUAAUAAUAGUAUGCAAAACCUUGAAGGAGCUUGAUCCCAUAUGUCUUUAAUCAGAAGUGUGCCCCUCACCCCCGAAUGUGAUGUGGCUUACUUCCAAGUAAGCAUACAUAGGAUUGUACCUUCUUGGUUAUAUUGGACCAUGGCCUUUCACAGCAGGCAGUAUCAGAUACCUGAAACAAAGCUAUCAUGCUACAGGGUGAUCUGCAGAACUUGCUCUGUUGGUGGAAUAUGAUCCCCCAAAUAUACAUGUUAUAGUCAUUAGUAGUCUGCAUUUGUAUUGGAAUACUGAAUGGAUGUUUUGUUGCUGGUGUGUGUGCUGCCCUGUGCUUUACUAUUCAAUAUAUUUACUACUACUACUAAUAAUAAUAAUAAUAAACGGGGCAGGUUCCUGAAUUUCAGUGUAGGGAGGUGGAGGUUGUAAUAUUUAUGUGCUGCUUAAUGGAGUCCACUGCUCUCUUCCAGCAUGGGGACCAUGGCUCAUGAGCCUGUUCCCUGCAUUUUAAAGAGCCCAGUCUCACUGCAAGUGGGAGACAUGAGGACUGAGCAAGGCCGUCCUGGUGUUCUGGUGAUUGAUGUUGUGCUUCCACACUCACAGACCAUUGAUGUAAGUAUGGGAGGAAACCAAGUGUGUGGGGCUUGGAAUUGUCAGAUCUUAUGUUUGAAAUCUCUCAUUUUAGCUGUAAAGCUGAUAAAGAAACUAUGAUGGUGAACCAGGAAGUACCUGCUUCAAAACUCACCUUUGUUAACUCGCUUGGUUACCCUAGGCAAGUGUCUCUACUUUGCUCCAAGCUGUAAUUUAGAUAUUCCAGCAAUGACCUGCUCCAAGGGUUCCAGUAAUGUUUCUGAGCAAGAAAAGGAGGAAUCCAUGACAGUUCUCCCCUCAUAUUGCUAUCCUCAGUUGCAGGAAAUAGUAUUCAAGAACUAUUACACAGCUUUUCUGACUCUACGGGUGCAGCGCCGAAACCCUGCAGAUGGUGGGAACGAAAGUCCUCCCAAGUGGGUUACUUGUCUGCAGAAUUACUGCUUGAUGCCCAACCCUCACACAGAAGAAGGCUCUCAGGAUUACUUCUCUCUCUCCAGACAUCAGGUAAGUACAGUCAUACCUCGGGUUACAGACGCUUCCGGUUGCGUGUUUUCGGGUUGCGCACCGCGCCGAACCCGGAAGUACCAGAACAGGUGACUUCUGGGGUUUGGCGCAUGCGCAGAAGUGCCAAAUUGCAACCUGCGCAUGCGCGGACAUAGCGCUGCGGGUUGCAAACGUGCCUCCUGCAUGGAUCACGUUCGCAACCCGAGUAUCCACUGUAUUUCUGUUGGUAUUGCACAUAAAUCAUAGAAUUGGAAGGGAUGCAAGGGUCAUCUAGUCCAACCCCCUGCAAUGCAGGAAUCUUAGUUAUGAGAUGAUUCAAUUAUUCUUCUAAUUCAUAUUGUUUCCUGUCUGAAAUGGCAACCUGUGCUCCACACAACAUUCCUGGUUUAUUUUGUUGCGCCAUCACACUUUAGCCACCACUGAGUAAAUCGUGAAUAGAGCUGGGAUAGGGAACUUGUGGCUUCCAUAUGUUCCAACUCCCAUCAACGCCAGCCAGCAUGACCAAUGGUCAGAGAUUGUGGGAGCUGUAGUCUUGCAAUGUCUGGUGGACAACAAGUUCCCCAUCCCUUCUUUAGUGUGCCAGAUGAUAAUUGGGGGAACGGUAUGGAAUGUGUGUUUUUUGUAAUAGAAUUUCUAAAAAAUUAUAAAAGUCUGCAUGCUCUUACUGCCCAUAGGGUACCUUUCAGCUCUGCCUAUUACAGGCACCAUUUUGGCUAGUCUUAUUAAAAUGCUUCAGCUACAUUGAGUGUUUUGUAUUGGAGAAAUGCAGAACCAAGGUAAUGCAUGGUAACUUUCAGGAAAACAAAUUAUUAAUGAUAGAGAUCCCAGCCAAACUUCAUUUUUAAUAGUGCGAGUUACAACCUAGCCCACCAAAACUUCAAGAGUACUUAGUGAAGGUUUAGGUACAUUGAGGGGAAAGGAUUGACAGUUGUAAUGGUUUUGCAGUCCCAAAGUAAUAGGCAAAAUGAAUGUCUGUUUUUAUUAUUUUUCUAUAGGUUUUUUUUUAGUAUGCAAAGAACAUUACAGGUCUAACUUUUUCCAUACUUGCAACAAGGUAGAUCCUUACAGUUUUGAUUUUAACUAAGAUUUUAACAAUCUGAGACACAGAAAUGCUGGUAUGCCUGAAUCCACCCAGGAAAACUAUAGCUGAGCCGAGAUUUAACUAGAUCUACAAGGUCCAAUGCUCAGAACUGAACUACUACUAUAUGUACCAGACCAUGAUAAUACCCCAACUUGGCCUUAAUUCCUGGCCCUACUGAUACUGUAUUCUAGCUAGUUUGGAAUGAUUCCCUGUUGUUUGUAUCAAGGGAUAAGUUAUUAGAAGCUCUUACAGUGUUACAGCAAAUCAUUGUUUACUUUGUUCUGAAGGGAUAUUGGGCCUUGGCGCAGUUUUAGUGAUGCCUUGUCUCCCUUACUUUGCCAGAUGCUCUGUGAUGUGGACCGAGUGGCUGCCAUGCGUCUCAUCCUGCGUCAACCAUCUCCAGUAUGGCUGCAUUUUACCAUUGAGGAGCUGCAGCUUUUCCCUGGGGGUCAGAAGGUACAUACUCAACUCAUCCCCAAAGCACCUGUUCUUUCUAUAACCAUUCUUCUAUGGUUGUAAUGGCUUGCUCAGCAUUGAAUGAAGCCUUCUUCAGAACACAGUCUAGGGUCUGAUAACUGGCUGAACUCAGGCUCUCUGUGCUUUAUUCCCCCCCAAAAUGCUAGGUCACACAUCUGAACUGGAGAAGAUGCUGCACCUAGAUCUCUUUGAUUCUGAGCUACCAGCUUCUGUCCUCCUUUUCUAGCCUUCAGCUUCUGUGGAGCCAAGUCUCCUGUUCUCUUCUGCUGCUUGGCCUGAGUUUUAUCAGAGUUUCCUGUGUAAUUCAACUACUGUUCACUGAGCUUGUUCUUCUUCACUCUCUUAGUUUAAGAUCUCUGCUACCCAUGGAGCAAGUUUAUUAAUGGCUCCCCCUGCCAAUUCAUUCUAAUUUCCAUGCUAUGAAUUUCACAUCCUCACCAAUGAAACUACCAGAGCCCCUCAUGUACAUAAUCCAUGUUAUGAACUCUGCAGUUGCCAGGUUCAAUUCUAAAGCUGAUUUUAGAGUAAGCUUUCACCUGUGAAAUCCAGAUGGGGGAAAACAUUAUCCUGGACACUGUACCUCUACAGUGAGAAUUGCCCCCCCCCCUUGUCCCCUGGUAAAGAAUGCUCCUAUGAGAGCUUAAGGUAAAUAGAUUGUAAUAGUUCAUAACAGUGAAUUCUGCACUUUCCUGUGGGCAGUAGAGACAAGUAUUUAUGUCUUUAGGCAGCCUGCUCUGAGAGAAUAAAUUGGUGAAGGUAAAAAGGAUAAUGUGUGUAAGUGCAACAUUCCAGUUGGUAGAGAAUCAGCAGUGUUUUGCUCUGGGGCUGUUUUUAUCUUCCAGAGUCCACAAAAAGGCUUCCCAGCUUGGCUUUCUCACCCAUCUCCUCAGGAGCAGCCAACAAAUCUGCGUGAUGUAAGUAUUGUUGGUGACACUGGGGGUUUCUGAUUUGCUGACAGCCUCCUGGCAGGGAAUGGCUCUGGGGAGAUAUGAUGUUUUAUCAACAAAAGCAGUGGAGAAACUGCUUAUAUGAAUAUAUAACUUUCCUUCACUUUCAGGGACUCCCUGAUGCUGACAAAGUGUCUUCUGAACUGCAGCAAAUGUGGGUUUUGACUGAGAUGCUCCAAGCCAACCAGCCAGCAGCACGAAUUGGCCGUUUUGAUGUUAGUUUCAUAUUACUUUUGCUUCUUGUUUGGGGAGUGUGUCCUUCACUGCAGUCCAGUUAGAACUCACACCCCUAUCUUGAAGACUUACUUCAAGUUUACGCUCAGCCUUUGCAGCCCACAGAGCAUACACAUUAACCUUAGAAGAGCCCUGCUGGAUCAGGCCAAAGGCCCACUUUGGUUUCCCUGUUUCCAGCAGCGAAUCAGGAAAGCUGCAAUGAAAGAAUUUGGCAGUCAGUAUGAAAUUUCUGUUUAUCGUGUAUCCUUCUUCCUCUAAGGAACUUAAGAAUGGCUUGCAUGAAGUGUUUGUAUUUUAACCUGGGGCAAUUUGGGCUACAGCAUAGUGACUCCCCCAAGGUUACCCUGUUGGAUGAGUAGAAAUUUGAAUUCAGCUCCCUCUAAGCUCAAGUCCAGCAUUCUGUCCACUGGAGGGAAUAGAGGCUGUGUGGGAGAAACAUACAUCCCGUAACAUUCCCAAUGUGUUGACUCUUUGCUAAAAACAAUUCCCUGUACCUUUCUUGUUUCAGGUGAAUGGCUCCUAUGACCUUAACCUCCUUUCCUACACUUGAGUUUUCCCAGGACUCAAAGCUGACUAAGUUCCUAAGAGCUGGACUCACUGAGCUGCACCCCCACAGUGUUGGAUUGGCUUGAGGCAGGAAGAAAUGAUGGACAAAGUGUGUUGCCUUCAUGUUCCAGUCCUUCCCUUUUCCGCUUCAUGGAGGUGGACUUUAUGGGAACUCUCCAGCUCUACUCUGUUCUUCCUGCCAGGUCUUAUGUGGAGAUUGUUCUCCAUUUUGCACUGGACCCUGGAAGGCUGUCUUCCCUUGAACUUGAAGGUGCCUUAUUUGGGCUCUUCAUCUCCUGGUCUGUUUCUUGGAAGCCCUGCUGUUUGGUGCAUGUUUCUUUUGGGGGCAAAAUCAAGCAAUCUUUCAAGAAUCUGGUACUAUGAUGGGGGCGGGGCAGGGUGGACAGAAGAAUCCUUCAUUUUGGCAAGAGAAAUGACUUGAAAUGGCUUGAAGCUGACAAGACUGAAGGUUUUACAUUCUCAAAUUCAUGUGUUGGCGUUCCAGAGAGAAUGAGAACUCCCUUGUUGCUUCCUCUGCUAUGGCUACCUCAUUUGCAACAUACACUAUGUAAUUGUGUAGGGUUUUUAAUAAGUGGGUGGCAAUAAGAAAUGCUUCCUGAAGAGUUAACCCCCACCUCUUUUUUCCUGGAGGGAUGUGAGUAGUUUAGUUGUGAAUUGUACAGAGCUAGCCCUCAACAACCUGUCACUAGCUUUGGCUACAAUAUUGUAAGGGCCACAUUAGAGAAAUGGUUUACCCUAGUGAAAUGGCAGUGUCAGACUGUGCUGUGUUGGUUUUUAGCUGAGUCCUGGAGCACCUUGUCAUUUUUUACAGCCACAGCUAUAGAUAUUUCAAGUAGCGAAAAUAGCAUCCUGGUGGAAAGCCUGAAAAGCCAUGUCCUUGAGAGCUCCCUUAUUUAAGCUGAGUUGCAACCUGGAUUACCAGCUGUUACCUUUGUAUUCUUAAAUAUUACCAUAUUAAUCUUUCCAACUCAUUAGAUAACCCUUGCAUGGUUGUAGAUGCUCAUUUCCAGUCCAUGAAUUACUAUGCUCAAGAAUGAGUGUUGAAAGCUGAGGUGAAUAAAUGAUUAUGGUAAAAGUCUGGAUUCAGAUCCCUGCUCUGUCAAGGAGCUACUAGACUGCCUUUGAACAAUCACUUUCUCUCAACAGUACAUCUUAAACUGCCUUUCAGAGAUAUUUUUUGAACAGAACAGCGCUACAUUGCUUCUUAGCAAGGGUAUCUUCUUGUGGUAUGGGGCACUUCCUGCAGUAAUGUCCAUGAUAUGUAAUAGUCUAGUGGACCAAGCUGCAGAACAAAAUGAAUUAGUGCAGUAGGAUGUGUAGCUGACUUUUUUUUUUUUUUUAAUGCUGGACUUUAAAUCUCGGGAACAACGUCUUUUCCAUAUCUGUGUAACUUCCUUUCUGUUAUUUAUUAUGAAUUAUGUAUGCUACUUUAUUUAUAGCUGGAAAGAGCCACAGUGAUCUUCUAACCCAUUGCAAGUAUAAUAAACUUUUACUGAAUACAGUGAAAGACCUUUGCAAAUGAUGUCAGGAAGCUGCCUUAUUGGUACCUCUAGCUCAGUAUUGUCUGAGCACCAAUGUCUCUUCAGGGUUUCAGACAAGGAUCUUUCUUAGCCUAACUUGGAGAUGCCCAACUUGGGAGCUUCUGCUUGUAAAUAAUGUGCUCUGCUACUGAGCUGCAACCCUUACCCAUUGCUAUUCAUUGCAUUAAAUCAGGGUUAAUGUAUUUGAAGUAUUUUUCAAUGGAUGAUUAUCCAGCCCAAAUGCAUCACAAAUAAAUGAUCGUUGUAUUGUAUUGAUUGUAUGUGCUUGGUGCAUUGUACUUGUCAAACCUCUGUUAAGUUUAUUUAUGAACCCGUAAUAGCAUCUAAAAUUAGGAGUACAUGGGCCAAUGCUGUUUUCCCCAUGCUAGAUGCCGAGCAACCAAAAGGGGGAGUGGGAAGUGGGAAGGAGAAUAGAAGCAAAGGCCACUGUCUAAUUCUGAAUUGAAUAUGACAGCUGAAUAUUGAUUUAAAAAAUUAAAAAAGAAAAGCCAGUUGCUUCCAAAACCUUCCCUGUUUUAGCAAACAUCCCAGAUAACCUGUAGAAUAAGGGAGGGAAAUACCAACACACUUUCUGGUGUUCCAGGCUACUUUGAUCCUAUGUAGUCUGUUUUUUAUUCAAUCCAACUGAUUCAUGCAUGCCUGUUUAAUUGGAAAGAAAAAAUGCCCUUCCUGAUUUAGUAACCAUUGCUCUGCUUCUACAGCCUUUCAGUGCUGUCUUUGCUUUCUAUAUUCUCUUGUCUUUAAAGUAAAAGUAAGUAUUGUGAAAGACCUG